UAAAUAACACACAGAGCCUGAGAAUUCCAUAAGCCGUUUCACUAUGCUCUCUGUGUGUGUGUGCGCGAACAUUUUCUGUGCGCUUCUCGCGGUGCCGCGGAGAGCUGAACUACAAAACUCCACUUCCCAGAAUUCCCAGCUCCACGCGUUCGCGGCCCGUCAGCGAAGCGGACUAAACGUCACGUUCCUACAUUCCCGUCUUCGCGUUCCAGCAGGAGCGUAAUCUUCUUCUGCCGAACACGUUUCUGUCCGGAAAGGGCACAGACCCGCACGGAGCACCCAUGACACCGCAAAGAGGGAGUUAAAAUCGAGGAGGAGAUCCCGGAUUCCUCGUCAGCCUGAAUCGCCGCAUCCGGUCACACCCCCACCCUGCCUCGCCCGGCCCAGCUAGCACCAGGUUGCUAUGGAGAACUCGUCAGUGGCAUCCGCAUCCUCGGAGGCGGGCAGCACGCGCUCCCAGGAGAUCGAAGAGCUGGAGCGCUUCAUCGACAGCUAUGUGCUGGAGUACCAGGUGCAGGGCUUGCUGAGCGACAAGGUCGAGGGGGACGCCGAUGGAGAAAAGGCCCAGUCGCACGUGUCGCAGUGGACCGAAGACUGCAGCGACAAGGUGGACGGAAGCUGGUCAUCCUCACGGGGGAGGGGCUCCACCAAACCAGACGACUGGGAGCACAGCAGCAAUGGCAGCACCGGUUCCCGGCCCAGCUCCGGGUCUCGACCUGGUUCUGGAUCCAGGUCAGGCAGUCGAGGGAGAAACAGUCAGUUUCGAGGCCCUGCAAAGAACGGGAACAGAGACGGGUCACUGGACAUACUGGGAACGGACAUAUGGGCCGCCAACACCCUCGAUUCUCACGGGGGAGCAACCUGGGAUCUCCAGCCGGAGAAACUGGACUUCUCGCAGUUCCACCGGAAGCCGUUCCGGGGAACACCCAAGCACCUCCCGCACAUCGACCGAGAGGGGAUGAUGAAAGGCAAAUUUGAUGACAACGAUGGCAUCGACCUGAACGAUAUGGAGAAGUUCCUGCCAGGGUUUCCAGUCUACCCACCCCUGCCGAACGAAGCGGAGAUCGCACACACCAAAAAGCUUUUCCGCCGAAGGAGGAAUGACCGCCGACACACUCACUAUUCCCAGGACGAGUUAACCGUGGUGCUGCCCACCGGUGGGAGACGGCAGGUGACCAGGAGACCACAAAGGCUUCCAGGAGGUGGAAAAUCCCAAAAUCCUCAGCAGCAACAGUCACCUCAGCAACCACAUCUGCAACAACAACAACAGCAGCAGCAGCAGCAGCAAACGCACCAGCAGCACCAGAACACGGAGCAUCCAGCUGGUAACGGCAGACACGCUCGAGAGCACAGCCGACAGUUCCAGGGCCAGAGCCCCCACCUGUCUGGGCGCCAGGGCUCUGCCCAUCAUGGCUACAGCCAGAACCGGCGCUGGCACCACAACCAGAAGCACCAAGGGGGUGCCGAGGAGAAACCCACCCCCAGAAACGCCAAAGACACUGAGAGCGGGAAGACGGAGGAGCCCGCCCCAGGCCGGGCAGAGCCAGAGUCUGACCGGGGCCACGGCUCUGGGUCCGGCCGUGUCCCGUCCACAGAGGACAAGCACAGGGCAAUCCACGCCGAUGGCCCUAAGGUUAACCUACUGCAGUCCUCCAAGGAGAGGCUAAGAAGGAGGCUAAAAAUGAAGGAUGAGUUUCCCGUUGCGACCACUAAUCCCCAAAGAAAUCGCAUGGACAAGCUGCUGGAGAUACUCAAUAGCAUGCGCAACAACAGCAGCGACGUUGACAGUCAGCUGACCACAUUCAUGGAGGAGGCCCAGAACUCUACCAGCUCAGAGGAGAUGCUGUCGGAGAUUGUGCGCACCAUCUACCACAAGGCUGUGAGCGACCGCAGCUUUGCUUCCACUGCCGCGAAGCUCUGCGACAAGAUGGCGCUCUUCAUAGUGGAGGGCACCAAGUUCCGCUCGCUGCUGCUCAACAUGCUUCAGAAAGAUUUCACCCGGAGGGAGGAGCUUCAGCAGACUGAUGUGGAACGCUGGCUGGGCUUCAUCACCUUCUUGUGUGAGGUGUUUGGCAUCAUGAGGAGCAGCGCUGGGGAGCCCUUCCGGGUGCUCGUCUGUCCCAUCUACACCUGUCUCAGGGAGUUGCUGGAGUCUCCAGAGGUAAAGGAAGAUGCAGUCCUGUGCUGUUCUAUGGAGCUGCAGAGCACCGGUCGGCUCCUGGAGGAGCAGCUGCCGGAGAUGAUGACGGAGCUGCUGGCGGCGGCGCGGGACAAGAUGCUGUGUCCGUCCGAGUCGCAGCUCACGCGCUCCCUGCUGAUGGAGGUCAUCGAGCUGCACGCUCACCAGUGGAGCCCCCUGGAGGCCCUCACUACACAGUACUACAAUAGGACCAUCCAGAAGCUCACUGCCUGAGCCCAUCCCCCAUGGGAGGGCAGCUGGGGCUGGCUGAGGGCAGGUCUCUGUCGACACCGCCUGCGCCAAGAGGAGUGGACUUUUGGGCAGGGCUGGGGGGGGGUUGUGUGUCUCGGCCAUGCGUUGGGGGAAAGGAUGACAAAAGGAGCGCGUGGGGGAGAGGCGUCCCAGCAUGCCGUUUGGGAAAGGGUCUUUUUUGAGGUCGAAACGGGGGGGAUCAAGCCGGGGGGUGAUUUGGAUUUUCUUUUUGUCCUUUGUGCUCGUGUGCCAAGUACCUCCCCCUCCCCCAGCUGAAGCAAACACUUGUGCUUGGCAUUCAGACCUCCGGUUUGUCCUCAGACGGGUCAAAAAGAACAGACUCUACGAGCGCAUUCCUGAGGUGGGCCCAGCUCUGCCUCUGCCUGGCCUUUGUGUGGCUGCCCCGGUGGCAGAUGGCCACUGGGCCCUCAACGGGCGGCACGCUCCCUCGCCGUCCCUCCCGCCCCCGCGGGCUGCCAAGUGGCGAGUCCCCCCCUUUGUGAGGGCUCUUUACGUUCAGCCCCUUUUGUUCUCACCUUGCUCCGUCGAGCCGGCUCGCCCGUGCGCCGCACGCCAUCCUCCUCACCCAUACUUUAUUAUCCUUUUAAAUCCGGUCUAGGAAAUGUAUUUGAUGUUUUAGACUAGACUUAUUGCACAGAUUUGAUUUAUUUUGCACUGUUUUUAAGGCCAUUGUUUUAACAGAGGAGGAAAGCAGAACAGUUUUCUGCCAUGAUUUUCCUUAAGCGCGAGAAUGGAUGUAACGGUGGUGAUGCUUCUGACUGUAGACGACUACUAGAGAAUGUAUCUAAAGAAUUGGGAGACAUUAGUGCCCUUGUCAGCUUCCACUACACGUAGUAUCUCUUUGUUUUAACCAAACGUACGAAAGAAUUUGGACGCUUGCAGAGAUUGAUUCAAAUUAACUUUCCCAUACAAUCUACAGCUUUUAAAUAAAAAAAAAAAAAAAAAAAAGAA